AUGAAAGUCAUUGUGGUCGGAGCUUCAGGUGAGACAGGAACAUCUGUUGUGCACGGUCUUCUCAAGUCCCCCGAAAACAUCGAAGUGACUGCUCUCGCUCGCAAGUCCUCAGUGGAUAAACCAGAGUAUCUCGCACUAAAGGACCUCGGGGUUACUCUUUCUACAGUAGAUCUCAGCACUGUUAGCGAUGAACUUGUUGCACUGCUCACUGGUGCCGACGUCGUCAUCUCCUGUUUGACUUCUGGUAAUACAGAACAUGUAGAAAACCAGAAUAACCUUGCUAGUGCUUGCAAAAAGGCCUCUGUAGGCCGCUUCGUUCCGAGUUUCUUUGGGCCUAUAUGCCCCCCUCGAGGAAUAAUGUUGCUUAGAAAUCUGAAAGAAGACCUCCUUGAUCAUAUCAAGAGCAUAUAUUUGCCUUAUACGGUCAUUGAUGUUGGCUGGUGGUAUCAGCUCUCACUGCCCCCUCUACCUUCGGGCAGGCUUGCAGAUGCCCUCACCAUGCCCGUCCAGACUAUCUCGGGCGAUGGAAACACCGAGACUGCUCUGAUCGACAAACGAGACAUUGGAAAAUACGUGGCUCGGAUCAUCGUGGACCCACGCACACUAAACAAAUCAGUAUUUGUAUUCAACGAGAUCUGGACCCAGAAUCGCAUCUUCGAUCUGAUGGAGAAGUUGUCUAGCGAAGAAAUACCCAGGAACCAUGUCAACAAACAAGUCCUUCAGUCCAGGAUUAAGACUGCGAAUGAGGCUGUCGCUGCAGGCGAUAAUGCUCACAUCAGAAAUUUAGUAGUGUCCCAGUAUGAGUUGGUCCUAGGAAUUCGUGGAGAUAAUUCUCCAGAGUGUGCCAGGUAUCUGGGGUAUCUAAUUGGGAAAGACUUAUACCCUGACCUUCAGGGUGAAAGUCUUGAACAAUUCAUGAAGGACACACUAGCAGGGAAAAUUGGGCGCAUAUAUGCAGGGCGUCAUUAG